AUGGAGGAUAGCUUCAGGAUCAGACAAGGUCUGUACCUUUUGUUCUUCCUCUCUCUGUCUGGAGUGGUGUGUGUCUCCAUUCAUUAUUCUUUGCCUGAAGAGAAGAAAAGUGGGUCUCUGGUUGCUAACGUGCUGAAGGAUUUGAAACUGGGACCAGGGGAGCUCUCUGCUCGCAGAGCCCAGCUGGUUUCCAAAAGCAAUAAGCAAUAUUUCCAUCUGGAUACCCGUUCUGGGAAUCUGUUUGUAAAUGACAAAAUAGACAGAGAAGCUUUGUGUGGCCAGACUGACCCUUGCUUACUUCUUUCUAAAAUUGCACUGGAAAAACCUUUAGAGACCAUCAGUAUAGAAGUGAAGAUAGAAGAUGUGAAUGAUAACUCUCCAAAGUUUUCUAAAAACGAAUUUAAUCUUGAAAUUCCUGAGAAUGUCCCUACAAAUACCCGAUUUCCUUUGGAAUCUGCCCAAGAUACAGACUUGGAUGAAAACAGUAUUCAGAACUACACACUGAGUCCCAAUGGGAAUUUCAGAUUGGAUGUACAAAAUGAUGAGUUUGGGAGCAGAUAUGUGGAUCUUGUUUUGGAGAAGUCACUAGACAGGGAGGAGAAGGCAAAGUUUGGGCUGACUCUCACAGCUGUUGAUGGCGGGGUGCCACAGAGAACAGGCACAGUUCAAAUAAAUAUUAAUGUUCUGGACAACAAUGACAACUUUCCUCAGUUUACGCAACCUGAAUAUAAAGUGAAACUUAAGGAAAACAGUCCUCGUGGUACUCUAGUGGCUAAAGUGGAAGCCAGAGAUUUGGAUUUUGGUACAAAUGCACAGAUCUCUUAUUCAUUCUAUCGAGUGCCUGAGAAAAUAAGCCACUUGUUCCACUUGCAUGAAAGCACUGGAGAAAUCACCAUUUUGGGUCCAAUUGACUAUGAAAAAGAAACCAAUUAUUAUAUGAACAUCAAGGCAACAGAUGGAGGUGGUCUUUCAGGCCACUGCAAGGUCCUGGUGGGAAUUGAGGAUGAGAACGACAAUGCACCUGAGAUAUCGGUCAUAUCCAUCUCCAGCAGUGUACAAGAAGAUUCUCCCCUGGACACAGUGGUGGCGCUUUUCAGUGUCACAGACCAAGACUCUGGGGAGAACAGCAGAACUUCAUGUUCUGUGGAAACAAACCUCCCCUUUGUGUUAAAAGACGCUGGGAGUAACAAUUACCAGCUUGUGAUCCAAAGUCAUUUGGACAGAGAGAAAGUCCCUGAGUAUAACAUCACCAUCACAGCUACUGAUAGGGGCUCUCCCAGGCUCACUACAAAAAGAACAAUUAGGGUUUUAAUCUCAGACAUCAAUGACAACUCUCCAGUGUUUGAGAAGGCAAAGUAUGAAAUGCAGUUGUGGGAAAACAAUAUUCCGGGCUUGCUGAUGGGUUCGGUCCAUGCUGUUGAUCUGGACGUGGAGCAGAAUGCCCAGGUGACCUAUUCUCUUGUGCCUGGAAAUGCAAGCGGUGCUCCUGUGGCCUCUUAUGUUUCCAUCAACUCUGAGAAUGGGAAUCUGUAUGUCCUGAGAUCUCUGGAUUAUGAGCAGAUCAAGGAAUUCCAGGUGACAGUGAGGGCUUCAGAUGGGGGUUCUCCUCCACUGAGCUCAGAAGUUGUUGUUCGAGUUGUCAUCCUGGAUGAAAACGAUAAUGCUCCCUUCUUCCUCUACCCCCUUCAGAACAGCACCUCCCCCUGCAAUGACCUGGUCCCCAAGUCUGUGGAGGCUGGUUACCUGGUGGCCAAGGUGGUGGCUGUGGAUGGGGAUUCGGGUCAGAACUCUUGGCUGUCCUAUGAACUGCUUAAAGCCACGGACCCUGGUCUUUUCAGCAUAGGAGCCCAGAAUGGAGAAGUGAAAACCAGGAGACCACUGACAGAGCGAGACACAAACAAGCAGAGACUGAUUAUCCUGGUCAGAGACAAUGGCCAUCCUCCCCAGACCAGCACUGCUACGCUGAAUAUACUUCCAGUGGAUGGCUUUUCAGAUCCUUAUCUGAAUAUUGCAAGUGUCAGUCAUGAAACCAGUGAAGAAGACGGCUCCUUGACGAUGUACCUGGUGAUCUGCUUGGCUGCGGUGUCCUUUGUGUUCCUGAUCUGCAUCAUUUUGUUUGUUGUCAUCAAGAUGCACAAGAAAGAGUCUAGUUUUAUCACUGCCCUUCCUCAAUUCCCACCUGUCCUACCUGAGAUUCCAGAAACUGGUGUCGAUUCUCAGAGUGGAUCACUUUCCCGGACUUACCACUAUGAUGUUUGCUUAACCGGAGGAUCUCUAAGCAGUGAGUUUAGAUUCCUUAGGCCUCUCAUCCCUGUUUUUUCCAUGGGAGACCCAAACCUCUCUGAGAAUCACAGGAUUUCUUCUGUCUCUCAAGAGACUCCUGAACAGGUGGAUGGAAGAAAACCACGUGAACAUGUAAGUGAUUCGCUCUUCUUAAUUACCAUCAUAGUCUAA